AUGGAGUUUCCUGUUUUUAUUUCCGUGUUUUAUAUGUCGUUCGUGUUUGCGUUUAUUUUACAGGCUUUGGAAACGAUGGCUCAGGACGUGGAGAUGAAGGAGCAGCAGCCUGCCACGACCAACUCCAUUUCCGACACUUCGCCAUCCACCAUUCAGCAUUUGAAAGACAUUGCCGCAAUGAUUGAAACGGGAGCUUACACCCGAGAGGUUAGGAGGAUCGUUAGGGCAAUUCGGUGGACAAUUCAAAUCAGGAAGAAGCUGAAUGCUUCUGUGCUUUCUGCAUUUCUCAACUUUGCACUCGUGUCUGGUUCCGAGGCUCAUUCACGCUUGUCUUCGUAUUUUCCUAAGAGGGAUGAGCAUAAUAUGGAGGUGGAUAAUAUUGCUCAUACGAAGCAUGCCUUACCAGAGCUUGAGAUCUAUUGCUAUUUGCUCGUGCUAAUAUUUCUGAUUGACCAAAAGAGAUACAAUGAGGCCAAGGCUUGUUCUUCAGAGAGUAUUGCACGUGUGAAGAACCUCAACAGGAGAACCAUAGAUGUACUGGCAUCAAGGCUGUACUCUUAUUAUUCACUGAGCUAUGAACUUACUGGGAAUCUAGCUGAAAUACGAGGAACUCUACUUUCUUUGCACCGGACUGCGACUUUACGUCGUGAUGAGUUGGGCCAGGAAACUCUUCUGAAUCUGCUGUUGAGAAAUUACCUCCAUUACAACUUAUAUGAUCAAGCAGAGAAAUUGAGAUCAAAGGCUCCUCGUUUUGAAGCUCACUCAAACCAGCAGGCAAAAAAGGGAAAUAUGUGCCAAUUUACUGCUCUNCAUUUUGAGUUCUGUCGAUACCUCUUUUACCUGGGAAAAAUCCGAACAAUUCAGCUAGAGUACACUGAUGCUAAAGAGUCCCUUCAUCAAGCUGCUCGGAAAGCACCUGCUUCGGCUCUCGGUUUUCGAAUCCAAUGCAACAAGUGGGCCGUUAUUGUCCGAUUACUGCUUGGAGAAAUUCCAGAGAGAAGCGUUUUUAUGCAGAAAGGGAUGGAAAAGGCACUCCGGCCUUAUUUUGAGCUUACAAAUGCUGUCCGGGUUGGAGAUCUCGAGCUUUUCAAGAAGAUAGCCGACAAAUACACAAGUACUUUUGCGGCCGACCGUACAAACAACUUGAUCGUUCGGCUAAGGCACAACGUUAUCCGAACAGCACUUCGCAACAUCAGCAUCUCAUACUCACGCAUCUCACUCACCGAUAUUGCUUCAAAACUGCAGCUCGACUCUUCGAGUCCCGUUGCAGAUGCCGAAUGCAUCGUGUCCAAGGCAAUUCGAGACGGGGCCAUUGAUGCCAGGCUGGAUCGGGCCAGCGGGUCGAUGGUUUCAAAGGAAACGGGUGACAUUUACUCGACAAACGAGCCUCAGAGUGUGUUAAAUUCAAGAAUUGCCUUUUGUUUGAACAUGCAUAAUGAGGCCGUUCGAGCCUUGAGAUUCCCGCCUAACUCGCACAAGGAGAAGGAGAAUGCGGAGAAGAGGAGGGAAAGGCAGCAACAGGAGGAGCAGGAGCUUGCUAAGGUUAUAGCUGAGGAAGACGAAGAUGAAUUUUGAUGGCGAUUGUGAUUAUUAUCUUAGUUAUGGUUGGUGGAUUUUUUUUAUUUUUUUUUUCCUUCCUGGAUGUUGUUUGAGUUGUCAAAGACUCGAGUAUUUGGAUUUUGGAGCACGACAUUAUGUUGCUAUGAACUCAUAAGAUUUGGAGUUUGGAGCUUAUGCACGUUUUCAGUUUUGAAAGAUUUCAGUACGUGAAAUAGUUUUAUGCAUAGUUUUAGGCUGGAAAAAUGCUCGUGCUCUACAACGAUAAGAUAAACGUGAAAUGGUUUUAUGCAUAGUUUUAAGCUGGAAAAAUGCUCUUGCUCAAGCAUAGUGUUAUAUGCAAACCAACACGACCACAUUUUGGCCUGGUUUUUUGCCUCGUUUUCACUCGUAUUGUCUCUCAAAUCAAAUGCCAUAAACAGAAAAUGAUAGAAUUUGGUGUCAAGGCAAGAUAAGCUUUUGUUCAUGCUUAAUCUCAAAAUUCACUCUUGGGUGGACUACUACAAUUUUUCAGGUAACUUCCUCGAUAAUGUUUGAUACAGUGUAGCAACUAACAUCGAAUCCAAAUCUUGGUGUAAACCAUUCACUUGCUAUUCCAGAGUAAAUCGAUUGUCUAAAUGCCAAUAUUUCUGCUAAAAGGAGUAAACACAUGAACACUCCACAAUCUUACAGGAAACAUUGAAAACGGGGCCUUGACUGUAUAAACUCCAGAUCGAGAUAGUCGUAAUGAAGUUACAAUGGUAUUUUCAAAAAAACAGAGUAAAGAAAAUGGAAAACUUUAGUCGAGAGAGUGAAUGGCAAUGGUGCUUUCAGCAAUCAGCUUGUUGGAUUCAACCCAAAGGACUUAACCAUCGAACUGACUCUUUCAGCAAAGAUUUUGGAUAUGAUCUUUUUACCCGGAAUGUGAAACGGGUUCGUUACUGCAUCAACAUAGGCGGCGUGAAACUUCCUGAAAAACUGCACCAUU